AUCAAUCACGAGUCACGACCUAGACUCAGAAAGGGAAAGGUGGAGCCUAAAAUCGAUUAACGAAGCGUACCCGUUCGUGUAAGCAUUUUUAUUGGUUGCAAGAAAAAAGAAAGGAAGUGUUUAGUUCACUCCGGAGUUUAACUGGAAGAGAAACGAAAAUAAAAGUAUUUGCACAAAGAAACUGAUACAAAGUAUCUAUACGAAAAACAAAGUAACUCGUUUAUAAUAAUGUCUGGCUCAUCAUUUAACCGAGGUCCUGCUUAUGGGUUUUCUGCAGAAGUCAAAAGCAAGAUUGCCGGAAAGUACGACCCUCAGAGAGAGGAGGAGCUAAAGGUCUGGAUCGAGGAUACGACAGGAUGUGACAUCGGGGAAGACUUCCAGAAAGGCCUGAAAAAUGGUGUCAUCUUGUGCAAACUGAUCAACAAACUUCAACCUGGCUCUGUGAAAAAGAUCAACUCAUCCACCAUGAACUGGCAUCAGCUGGAGAACAUCACCAACUUCAUCAAAUCUAUACAAAUGUACGGCCUGAAGCCCCAUGAUAUCUUUGAGGCCAACGACCUGUUUGAGAGUGGGAACAUGACCCAGGUCCAGAGCACACUGCUGUCUCUCGCUGGCACGGCCAAGACCAAGGGCUGCCAGUCCCGAGUGGACAUUGGGGUGAAGUACGCAGACAAACAGGAGAGGCUAUUCGACGAGGAGAAGAUGAAGGCCGGACAGUGUGUCAUCGGACUGCAGAUGGGGACGAAUAAGUGUGCCAGCCAGGCGGGCAUGAAUGCAUACGGCACCAGGAGGCACCUCUACGAUCCCAAGGCUCACAUCCUGCCCCCCAUGGACAACUCCACCAUCAGUCUGCAAAUGGGCACCAACAAGGGGGCCAGUCAGGCUGGCAUGACAGCUCCAGGAACCCGCCGUGCCAUCUACGACCAGAAGCUGGGCACAGACAAAUGUGACAACAGCACCAUGUCACUGCAGAUGGGCUCCAACGCAGGCGCCAAUCAGAGCGGGCAGAACUUUGGCCUGGGUCGUCAGAUCUACAACGCUAAGUACUGCCCCAAGAACGAGGAGGGCGAGGAGGAGCAGAAUGGGGCCGGAGCCGAAUAUGUCCCUGACUACCAAGACGAGGGUUACCAAGAAUACAAAGAUGAAGCGGUGCCGGUGUACCAACAAGAGGGGACGGGUUAUUAAGAGGGGACGGGUUAUUAAGAGGGGACGGGUUAUUAAGAGGGGACGGGUUAUUAAGAGGGGACGGGUUAUUAAGAGGGGACGGGUUAUUAAGAGGGGAGUUGUGCUGGUUGAAAACAGAAGAAACAUCAAGGAAGGCUUUUUCAAAGUUAUUUGUUACAUAGGAUUUUCCGCCUUUUGGUUGAUCUCCUUUUGGUAUUGGACAAUAGUGCCCUCUUGCCCUCAUUUAAGCGCUGGUUAGGACCAAUGUUAGACAUAUCUCACAUGUACUAUGCAUUAGUAGGUUUUUAUAUUCCUGUUGAAAUGGCUAUGCUUAUGUGUUUUUAAAGUGUAACCACUAAAGCCAGUACUGGUGUCUGGGCUGUGAUUAGCUUUUUAUAUCCCAGUGAUUAGCUUUUAGUAAAGUACCAAAGCCCUCUUGCCAGUUUCCCCCUCGACAACUGUUUGCCAACUAAUGUAAAUUGCUACAUUUAAACGUUUAUGCCAAUAAUUUUUUAUCUUCAGGCAAAUAUUGCCUGUAAUCCAUCUUCGACAGGAUCCAAUAGAAUUCAAUUAUUAAAAAUCCUCAUUUCAAAAAUGGACUGUUCCAUAGUUGUAAUUUACCUAUCCUUGUACCAAAGGUCAUAUUGUUAAUGUAACCUAUAUACAUUUAUAUUACCUUAAUUGAUGUGAAUAAGAAUGUGAAUUUGUGGUAAUUGUUUGUGCCCAUUCAGUAUUUUUACUUGGUAGUAUAAAAGACAACAAGAUGUAUCUGUUUGGACCAUGGAAACGAACCACCAUCCACUUUUUUAUGUAUGCCAACUUUCUUUGGAGGAAAUAUUUCCUUUGUUUGCCUAACCAGAACAACUGGAGCCAAGGUUGUUUUCUUUGGCUUAGAGUAUCUUGAAAAAAAAACAUUCAGGCUUUCAACAUUCUGAGCUGGAUACUGGAUUCAUUUUGUCAAUUUUCUUCAUUGUAUAAUGUUUUAAUGGAUUCACUGAUGACUGAUAAGAGGACCAAACAUAUUUUUUAACUCUGUCAUUCAAAGUGAUUAUUUAUAUAUAGUUUUGUUAAGUGUUUUGUACCGACUCUGAAGGGAAAUUUGCUCUUACUACCUUUUUGGUUUUAUAUAUAUAUUCCUUGGGCUUUCCUUUCGAUCCAUAUUUUCAUUAUGAAUAGAAACAUUUAUGAAAGUUGGGAAAUAUGUGUGAAUAAAGUGUAAUAAAGACGUACAUUGUAUACAAA